AUGGCUUCAUCAUCUCGAAUUCGAUCUGGUUCCAGUCGUUCCUCCAGAAAUAGAACGCCCGUAGCAAGGAGACGUCUUUCUCCCAGUCACACCAUUCUUGUCCCCCUGUUCAAUGGAGAUGUUAUGCCCCAACAGGAACUCGAUAAGGUAGAAGGGUCAACGACAGGUCUCUACUUUGGAAUGGAUCGUGCUAUAACAGAAACCAAAAAGUUCCCAUCCACUCUUUCGAGCCGCCACAAGCACCAACGAUACAUCGAUGUACGGGAGGGGUUUGCGGCAGAAUCAAUGGUAGAUGACAUCUACAAGCUGAAAGUCAUUGUUGAUCAAAGGCGAUACUACGUAUGCGGCACAUACGAUCAAAGCUCUCCCAACAAUAACGAAUCUUUGAUAACAUACGGCGUGAAGGAGAGAUUCAAGGGCGAAAUCGCCAUAUUCUUCUACUCUGUCUAUGAGCCAGAGAGGUUCUUAGAGUACGUGCCUAAGUACGGGAAUGCGAACGAGAGGGAUGAAGCAAUCAAACGAGUCCUCACUGCGUUCUCGAAAAACGUUGGAAGUCACAUUGAAAAGGGAACUCGUCUGAAGCACAUCGUUAGGGGUUAG